UUAUGACGUAUCUGUGGCACGAAAAUUAACAUUUCCUCAUUCGUGCGUGUCUCGCAACUUUCAUGUCUGUGCAAUAUACUUAAGGAAAGAGCGCUUGAGCUUGAGUGCUUGUUUCGCUUCGUUCACUUGCAUGCUGCUGCGGUUUGUGCACUAGUCAGAAUGGACCACGUAACCAAAAUUAAUGACGAAUUAUACAUGACAACCACCAAAGCGCCGGUUAACAUCGCUGUGAUUAAAUACUGGGGGAAAACCAAUGAAGACUUGAUAAUUCCUGCGAAUGAGUCGCUCAGCCUAACGUUGAGCACUGAACACUUGUGUGCAACAACCACAGUUGCAGUUGGGAAGAAAUUUAGAGAGGAUAGAAUUUGGCUUAAUGGAAACUAUGUAUUUUCUCACUCUAGAGAGGAAUUAAUACAUUCACCAAGACUGCAGAACUGCCUACAUGAAAUCCGCAAGAGGAGUCGAGAGUGCCUCCAUAAACACGACUUUCCUGACUAUGCGGAUUGGAACGUUCACAUAUGCUCUAUAAACAAUUUUCCAACAUCUGCAGGGCUGGCAUCAUCUGCUGCUGGCUAUGCAUGCUUAGUGCAAUCAUUAGGAACACUUUUUCAUAUUGAAGGGGACCUCUCUGGGAUUGCACGGCGAGGUUCAGGAAGUGCCUGCCGAAGCAUGUAUGGUGGUUUUGUGGCCUGGGUGAAGGGAAGUAAACCUGAUGGCUCAGAUUCUGUUGCAAAACAGAUUGCUUCGAGUGAUCAUUGGCCACAAAUGCGGGUGAUCAUUCUUGUGGCAAGUGAUGCUAAGAAAGACACAUCAAGUAGUCAUGGGAUGGCACGAACGAUGGAAACGAGUGCCUUGAUACAGGAAAGAGCCAGCAACAUUGUGCCACAGCGCAUGAAAGAUAUGGCAGAUGCUAUCCUUGAACAAGACUUCAACAAGUUUGCUGAAAUCACAAUGAAGGAAAGUAACCAGCUGCAUGCAGUGUGCCUGGAUAGUUAUCCACCCAUCCAUUAUAUGACCUCUGCAUCCUGGGAUGUUAUCAGCCUCGUUCACCGUUACAAUCGGUUCUAUGGCACUAACAAGCUGGCAUACUCUUUUGAUGCUGGUCCAAAUGCCUGCCUUUUUUUGUUGGAAGAAUCACUCCCUGAGGUGCUUGCCCUUAUUGAAUAUGCUUUUCCAACAAGUACAAAUGAAGUGGAUUUUUUCCGGGGCAGACCAGCAGUUAUUGGAAAGAUGUCACAGGAGCUUGUGGAGUACAUGGCCAUCAAUCCACAACGAGAUGCGAUCAAGUUUGCUAUCAUCACGCAUGUGGGUCACGGACCAGAGCCACUGGGCGAUCCUGAGGCACACCUUCUGGACAUUCAUGGUUAUCCGAAGUGAGCACACCACGAUGACUCAUGCGUGGAGAUACCUCAGUAAAAACAAAUAUGGCAUUAAUGGUUACAUUAUUGGUGACAAAAAUAGACCUUUUUGAUGAUCUAGCUUGAACUAACUUAACAAACUAAUAUAACAUGAUCAAAGUUUAAGCCUCAUACUUUUGCAAUGUUAUACCUUUAAUAUGAUGUAAUUCUAAAGUUUGCAGUGCUCUUAAACUUCUGAAACUACCCACUCGUACUCUCUUUAUCUUGUUUGAGAGGAACAGGUGAGUGUACGCACUCUCAAGUAGUAGCACCAUAAUGAGCCACUGAUUGUUUGUGUCAUUAAUACAACAGGUCACAGACCAAUGUCAAAAAACAAAACUUGACGUUUCGGGAUCUGUAUAUGUCCUUUGUUCACAAACUUACUAAUGGCAGGCCACUAGUAUUGGUCAACCUGUUGUAUUAACGAUGAUUUUACCUUCCCAGACUGUUUCAAUGAACUCUUGAUUAGUAGUACAUAUGUCUGUGUGUUUGACAGUUAUCUUUCUUAUGCUUAUUGUUAUGCAUGCACUUGUGCAUUAUCAGCUGUGCCAUGUGUUGUCUGCUAAGCUCAUAUUGCCUUUGCUGUACCUUCCUUAUUUGAGGUUUUGGCUAGAAUAUGUGUCUUUGAGGUAGAAAAUGAAUGGACGAGCAGGACCAGCAGCUCGUCUGCUAAGUGCCUAUGCAAAAGUGGUUACCAUGUCAACACUUGCAGGCCAGUUGAGAGACAGUGUUGUAGAGGCAUACAAUGUGCAGUAUUCAGGGUGAAUGGACACGCUAUCAUGUUCCACUAAGAAUGGCAGCAACUACAAGCGUACACUGUGUUAGUUUCAACACCCAAUCAGUUACUGCAGUGACCUCAUUAGAGAGAACAAAGUGUAACACUCAAAACGCAAACUUUUCUUCAAUGAGUAAAAGCACUACCAUUACUGCAUAGCAUGUAGUGGGAUUUACCUAGAGCUUUGUCUCUCUCUCUCUCUCUCCAAGAACAUCCUGUUCCUUGAUGACACCAAUCAGCUACUUGCUGUGGCCUCUUAGUUUGACAGCUUCUUCUGUGUUGUUGACUAUGUGCCCUGCUGGCACAUGUUCUUAGUGUGUCAUGUGAAGAGUGCCACUAAGCACCUAUAAGGCUGACCUCUCCUGCUUUCUCUGUAGAGGCUAGAUCCUCUGACCAUGUAAACCAACCAAACUGGGCCUAAAACUGUUAAGCAAUUAAAAUAUGUAUAGUUUUCUUUUUAUUCUCAGGCUGAAAACCAGUAUAGAAAAUUACAGUAACAAGACCCCAACUGUGCUCAUAUAGUGUUGGUGUUAAUGUACUAGUGCAUGCUUGACAAUGUGAGCUUAAGAGAAAGGAUGCCUUUUCAUACCUGAAUGUAUUGUUUGGAUACAAAGUACCAUGUAUUCACAAGUUCACUCUAACCAACAUAAAAAUCUAUGCUUCAAGCUGCAUGCACAUUUAUAAUUUGCACAGUAUAUGUCUCUCUUGUGCUGUUUAUCAUAUCUGCAGAUGUUGCUUUUCUUAUCUAUGUUAUGCUUUGUGCAUUGUGCACACAUAAGUAUUUGUUGCUACAUAAUGCUUGCUUAGAAUUUGUGUUCAUGUAUGCCCUAGGCAAAAGUUAUAAAAAUGGUUUAUAAUAACCAUACAACGCACUUUAUUAUGUUGUGAUCCUGUUUGUGGAAGCUUCAUUUUCAAUGAAUAAUGUAACAAUGUUCAAUGAGCAUUGUUACAUUAAGCAAUAAUACUUGUUCAGCUCUUCAUGUGCAAGUGAUUUAUGUAUAAAGACGUAAUCCUCAGAUUUCUUGGUUCAAAUGUGCCACUUCAUAAGUUCACCAUAUAACAUGUUUAACUUUAUUGCAAUCGAAAUCCUUCUUUAUGUUAAUCGUGACAUUGCAAAACUGCAUUGUGCUACAGUACUGUUACUUACCUUUUGCAAAUAAGUUCCUACCCGCCGUGGUAGCUUAGUGGCUAUGGUGUUGCACUCCUAAGCAAGAGGUUGUGGGAUCAAAUCCUGGCCACGGCGGCCGCAUUUCAAUUGGGGCGAAAUGCAAAAUCGCCAUUGUCCCAUGCAUUGGGGGCACAUUAAAGAUCCCCUGGUGGUCAGAAUUAAUCCGUAGUCCCCCACUACAGUGUGCCUCAUAAUCAAAUUGUGGUUUUGGCACAUAAAACCCCAGAAUUCAUUCAAAUCAGUUCCUCAUUAUGCUUCUUUUUCUGUGAAGCAUGCAGUAUUGAACAAGCUAUUUGAUGUUUAUACCGCGUUAUCUAUUUUAAUGAAAACAUAUUUUUAAAAUUCACCAAUGAUUACAAUACUCCCUAAUGCAAAAUUUGAGCGCAGCUUUAUAAGCGUUUUCAUUUUGCGAUGUAUUGGCUGUGCAAUCCGGACUGGACAAUCUGUCUCGUGCGGCACGUUGUAAAUGGAGCGAAGUGUUGCAAAACAAGUAACACUCUAGCACAAUGAUAGUGGCGAGCAGAGUUGGCAAUCGGCGAAAAUCUGAUCAGCAGGCCAAGCGUGUUGGCUUUUAUACAUGAUUCGUUGAAGGUUCCAGUGUAAUCGCUGUUGCCCACGUGGCUUCCAGAAAGUACUACACAAUUUGCGUUGCACAUACAGGCGCAUUACAAAUACUAUGGUGCCAUCUCGUAGUGUCAUGCGGCACUCUCCUUUCCUCCUCACUCUUUCGUCACACUCUCAUCCUCUGCUUUCCUCCCCGCACUCUCUUCCUUUAUCUCCCACUGCACUCCGCGUUCGUUUUCAUGUUUGGCUGUUCUCAUUCGCUUGGUUUCUAGGGACAACACUGACGCUCGCUGCAGGAACGGCUGCCUAAGAGCUGUGCUUCAAAAAAUGAGGUUUAACUGUUGCAAGGAUGCUUUCUCCACUGCACAUUCCUUCAGCACAGCGGACACUCGGUGGGAAAGUAGCUGUCGCCGUCCGUUUGCUUAUCAACUAAAAUUCGUUAACUUCUCAGUUACAAGUUUUAAGGCCCAUGUUACAAUGGCCCUGUUGCAGUGGGGGGCACCGCAGGAGAUUAGAGCAAUUUACGCAAUCUAAAAAACUCUAUUCGUUGGUGAGAUAUUCUUCAAUGAAAAUUUGCCUUUUUUUACUCCAUUAUCGAAACAAGGUACACAAACAGUGCCAGAAGCACUACCGAAGUUAUUCUUAAUGCUCUCAUGAUGUAGAACAGCUUGCUGCGAUCUGCUAUGGCAUUCAAUCUAUCAUAGUGUGUUUGUACUCCAAGGGAUGGCAGGUCGCCAAGACGAUCUUCGAGAAGUAAGACGAAGGCGUGUUCAUGUGAUUCAUUUAUGUAAGGAAACCAAACGAGGCUUCAAGCAUCACAUAUCCAGUGCUUCUGGUGCCCUUCUUGUGCCCAGUUUUGGUAUCGGAGCGAGGAAAAGUGAAUUUUCACUUAUGAAUUAAUGGCACUCAAUGGAUUAUGGCACAAUGGAUUAUGGCACAAUUAAUGGCACUUUUAAAGUCGCAUAAGUUGCUUUUCCAUCCUGUAGCAUUUUCCUCUAAUACUAUCGUUGCAACGUGGGUAUUAAAGCCAGACAUUCAAAAGUUAAUGUACAAUAAUUCGUUAAUUAGCAAAUGGGCUGUGACAGCUAUGCUGAAAGAAUAGUAAAGAAAGCAUCAUCACAUCGAUUAGAUAUUAUUUUUAGAAAAUCUGUUUUCAUUAAAACAGAUCACCCUGUAUAUAGGUGUUCAAAUUUAAAGCUGCCUGAUCGGAACAUAAUGUUUGCCAUGAACUGUGCAUAAAUGACCUUUCUAGCGGGAUGCUCUCGUGUAGCGAUGGUCGGUAUAAACCAUUUUCACACCUACUCGCAUUCUCUGCUUGUUGGUAGCAGUGCCUGGUAAGCUUGAUUGUGCACAAUCAUCUUACACCUUAUUUCACUUGCAAGGCACAAAAGAAUAAUGAUGUGCUCAUUUGUAACUUUUUUUACCCUGUUUGGUGAUAGGAAGCUUGAUACUUUUAUUUCAGCCAAUACAAAGGGAUCUUAACAAAUUGACCAUUGUAAUUCAUUUUUUAUGCAAUAAAAUCCAUGUGUAUGCCUUGA